GUCGAGGUGAUUUGAAUUUAUGGAAAAAAAAUGUUUCCGGAUGCACGAGCAGAUGAUGGUUGUUGAGGGACAGGAGCAGCCAAUUUCGCGAACAUAUCAGUACAGAAAGGUGAUGAAACCAAUGCUAGAACGCAAACGUCGCGCCCGCAUCAACCUCUGUCUAGACCAGCUAAAGGACCUGAUGGUGACAGCCCUAGCCGGUGACGGCGAGAACGUAGCGAAACUCGAGAAGGCUGACAUCCUGGAGUUGACAGUUCGUCAUCUCCACAAGCUGCAGCGCCAGCAGCGUCUCUCCGCGAAUCCGGUGAUUGAUUCCGAUCGCUUUCGCGCUGGCUACACACACUGUGCUAAUGAGGUGAGCCGAUGCCUGGCUGCAACACCAGGAGUCGAUGUGGCGUUGGGCACAAAGCUCAUGACACACUUGGGACACAAGUUAAAUUCAAUGGACAAGACUGGACCUCUGACUAUUCACGUGGCGGCACCUCAAUCAUCACCGUCGGACAGCGAGUCCUCGAUGGCGGAUGAUUACUCAAUGCCACUGACACCGGCGUCGAGCCAGCCCUCACCCUCGGCAAUCAGGAGUGACGUUGACCUGAGUAUUUCGAGCCAAACGCACCAGGGGCUCCUGCAGGUCGCCAAACCCACGGAGGCCGUCUGGAGGCCGUGGUAAAUCCACUUGGAAGAUUUACGGGGGACAAUUGUGGAAAAAUCCUCGCGCCGCGGAUUUUAUUCCGAUAUUUGUGAUGUCAAAAUUACUGAGGUUUUUGAAUAAUGCAGAGAAUUUACGCUAUUAUCAGGGGAAAGACGGUCGAAAGCAUUUGGCUGGACAGAUUAGGAGGACGUAAUUCGUUGGAAAUGUUUGUCAUGUUUUUAACGAGUCGUUGAGUCGGUGGAUAAAUGUUUUUGAUGAUUUUUUUAAUUAGGAGAGGGUUAAGACACGAUCUCGACACGACACAAGGCCACGGUACCUCGUGCCAAGUGUUUCAAGCUUUAAUUUACUCCAGAGUUACAAUUUUUUUUUGUCACUUUAAUAAUUGUUUUAUGAUGAAUAACUUUUUGUCUGUUCUGGCAGCCGUUGAACUGUUUAAUUAAUAAUUAAUGUGCAAUUUAACAAGUUGACUUUGCUCGGUUGAGAGGUUAAUAAUGUAUAGAAAGGCGCCAGAACAUUUGUCAAUUCGUGUUGAUGAGCCUCGUCUCGGUCGUUGUUUUUUGUAAUUGACGAUGUAUCAUUAGAUCCUUGAUUCAUAGCGAGAAAAUUGUCAUAAAAAUUGUUCAGAAUUUCUAUGACCGAGCGGAGGAUCUUGUGAUAGAGAAACAUGUACCUGUGAUAUUUACUGUAGCGGAUGUGCUUGUAAAUGAUUAUUAGAUUUAUAAAAUAAACAGAACAAUUUUUUUAAUUAA